AACUCAACGCAGCAUCACUAUAUAGUAUCAAGUCCUAAUUAUGACAGCUGCUUCUACCAUUACCACUGCCUUAUCCGAGAACAAGGUGGACCCAUUUGAAGUUGGAUGGUUGUUUGUUCAAGAAUACUAUACUUUUCUCAACAAGGAUCCUGAACGUCUUCAUUGCUUCUACAAUAAAAAAUCUGUUUUUGUGCAUGGCACUGAAGGUGACAAUACUGAGACUUGCUAUGGUCAAUCGGAAAUUCAUCGUUGUAUUAUGAGUUUUAAUUUCGACUCUUGCAAAGUGCUCAUCUCUAGUGUUGACAGUCAAGCAUCUCACGAUGAUGGCGUUCUUGUUCAAGUUCUUGGUGAAAUGUCCAACAAUGGCGGUGCUUCUCACAAGUUUGCUCAAACCUUUUUCCUUGCAGUGCAGCCAAAUGGCUACUUUGUGAUGAACGACAUUUUCCGUUUUCUCAAGGAAGACAUUGACAACGUUUAUGAAGAGAGCGAAGAUCCCGUUGAAGAACAAACCUUUUACACUGCUGAGCAUCAAUCGGCUGUUUCUCAAAGAUCGCCUUCUCCUGCCCACGUUCCUGCUGUGACCGCCAAUGUCGCUGCUACAACUACUCCCUCCAAGACACAUAAUGUUGAAACUGUUGCUGUCACGCACACUGAAACUCCUGCAGACGUUCCUGUAGUUGUUGCACCUACUACUACUGCUAAUGCUCGUGCCUCUUCCCCUGCUCGUGUCAAACAGGCAUUUACUGAUACUAAGUCUGCACCUGCUGCCACUACUUCUAUUCCCCAGCCUGCCACUGCUGCACAGCCUAUCCCCGCUAGCAAGACAAAGGAAACUCACAAGACUGCCAAGCCUGUAGAUCGCGCUCCUGCUGCUGCACCCACUUCUGUUGCUACUGCAGCUCCAGUUCAGGCAUCUGCUUCACCCAAACGUAUUGUCCAGCAAGCACCCGUACCUGCACCUGCUCCAGUGCCUGCCACACCUUCAACCUGGGCUAAAAUGGUUGGCGGCAGUGAUGCAUCUUCCAAGUCUGUAUCCACAGCUAUUGCACCUCAGAGGCAGUCUCAAACACACACUCCUGCAUCUGUUCAUGGAUCUGCUCAGCAAGUACAAGCUGCUGUGGACUCUUCAGCUCAGUCAACUACGGAUAGUUUUGGUGAAGAAGAUUUUCACCAAGUUACUCAUGGCAACCGUCAAGGCCGUCAACGAAAUCAUAAUACAACUCCCCAUGAAGAAUAUGAUCGUAGUUCAAUUUACUUGCGUAGUCUUCCUGCUGGAAUUGAAAGCGCUACACUUGACAAGGCCUUUUCAAUUUUUGGUGCUAUUCGUAAUAUUGAAAUCAACCAGGGCAAACGCACUGCAUUUAUUGAAUUUGUAAGCAACGAUGUUUCUGCCAAUGUUGUUGGUAAAUCCUUUACUUUUUCAGACACAAAAGUCACUGCUGAAGGACGACGCAAGCCCACUCCUGGUACAAACCGCAAUAACAACCCCCGUGGAUCUAACGGUGGAUUUUCGCGCAACAACAACUCUACUGGAUCUGGAACCAACCGUGGUCGUGGAGGAUAUCAGAAUAACCGACCCCGUGGUCAAUCUAAUGCAACCUCUCAGAGUACAGUUCCAGCCAACUUUACGCCUAGUUCAUCAGGAAAGGCUUAAACAUUGGGUUUUUUUCCAUUCCAAAACUUUCAUUUCUUAUUCACUUUUAGUAAACUAAGAGAAUGUGAUGUAAUUUG